UGGAAAAUGAAAGUAAGUGCUUUAUAAGGAACAGACCGUAUAGGGAGGAAACAUUUCUCUGGAGCUGCCUAUGAGGUGAAUCAUGAAUCAGGUUGUUCUCAUACUGUUGUGUGCUCUGGUGUUUGGAGUGACUCUCACACACUCUGCAGGACAAGCAGGGGGGUCAUCACAACGCUGUUUGUGCAGAGGCACAUUGCUGAAAGCAGUGAAGCUCGGAUGGAUUCGUCAAGUUGAUUUGUUCCCACCAAGUCCCUCUUGCUCGAAGACAGAGAUUAUAUUGACUCUGACUGGAAAAGGAAAGGGAAAGUUGAUUAACAGGAAGUCAAAGGUGUGUUUGGAUCCGGAUGAGAGGCAAGGACAAAGGGUUCUGAAGGGCAAAUGGAGGCGGAACAAAAAGCAAAGGAACAGAGGAAGAAAAAAAAAGAAUAAGAAGUUUGACGACAAGAAUGGUUACUGAAAUUAUUCUGUUGUAAUACACAAGAUUUCAAAGCCAUUUAGCAAUAAAUGUAUUCUUUUCUUUAUAUCUAUUGUUUUGUGAUUUCAAACACUUCUCUGAUGAAACUACAACUAAUCUGGUUUUAACUGAUGCCAGUGAAUGUUUUAUUCUGUUCAAAUGAAAUGAUGAGUACAUUGACAAACUUUUGAGCUGAAACACUGUCUUGAUGAAGUAUUUAAUAGCUUGAGUCCACACUGUAAAAAACAAACAAACAAACAAACAAACAAAAAAACACAAUUAGUUGAGACUUAAAAUAAUUUGUUACCCUGCUGCCUUAAAAUUUUAAUUUCAGUCAACUCAAAUAAGUUCAGUCAACUUGAAAUGUUAAGUUGUACUAAGUAACAAAUUAGAUAUUUGUGUUUGUUAAACUUAACAGAUGGGUAAGUAACCCAGCUGCCUUCAAAAUUUAAGUUGAAUCAACUCAAAUAUCUAAGUUGUCACUUAGUAUAACUUAACAUUUCAAGUUGAAUAAACGUUUUUUUAGUUGACUGAAUUUACAAUUUUACGGCAGCUGGGUAACAAAUUAUUUUAAGUUGACUUAACAAUUUUUUUUUACAGUGCCUAAUUACUACUUCAUUCACUGUUUAACUUUUAUUAAUUGCUUUUUUUACAAAUCUUUCUAAUCCAGAUUUAAUCCAAAUCUGUGUGUGAUGUAACCAUGAAAUAAAAAAAA